GUUUUUCUUUACGAACUUCAGCGCUACCGUCGUGAAUUGUUUACUAGGUAUGAACUCUUAGCUCCUUAAUUAAUCUAAAAAUACUGAUCAGUUCUCAAACACUCCCUCAAGAUUUCAUCAUUCUUUUCUGAGGAUAUCAAUAAACUAACUAACAUAAUAUAUGACCAAUUUUUUGGACAAAACUCAGUGGCAGCACUUGGUGGCUGGUGUUACUGGGGGAGUUGUAUCCGUUUUGGUUUUGCAUCCAUUGGAUUUGGCCAAGAUCAGAUUGCAGGUGAAUGAAGGUACAGGUGUUAUCGCAUGCAGGUUGGGAUUGGUUUUUGGUCGCUGCGUUUCACAUAUUUUUUGGUCUCAGUGAGGUCAGUAAGGUCGGUGUACUAGUUCCCGCAAUAAGCUUUCUGUGGUUUAAGGAACGUUCGUUUUGAUUGAACCAACUGCAUAUCCCAAUAAUCGUGGGUUCCAGGAUCCUGAAGGAAGAAAUGGCAAUAUGAACCAAUCGUUGGUCACUGGCUACUGUGGGACUGCAUCUCCUAACGUUGCUUCACUGCCUUGUGGAUCAGACCUUUAGGUCGAAGGCUCCGGGCGUGGCCCCUAAGAAAACCACCUAUUUAUUAAGCUCAGAUUCUGAAGUUUGCAUUUUUUUAUAUAUUAGUAACUGAUCUCAUUUGAGUCGUUUUUUGUCGCAAAAUGUUUGUUACCAUUAGUCACUCAGUGAGCAUAAAAGGUCACUCUCUAAUAAACGAUUCUAGAUGUUUGAAAAACAUAAAUUCCCUGGUUGAAUUUUAUAGUUUUUGUUAUUAUUAUUUUGUUAUUUCAUAAAAAUGACCGCCAUCAGUACUUACUACUUAUUUAUUGUGUAGACCCAAAACAACGGGAACUAUUCAAACAUUGUAUGAGAUAGUUCAGUGUAGAGGUCUUCGUGGUCUUUAUCUUGGUUUCACCCCGAAUGCUAUUGGAGCGGGUAGUUCAUGGGGUUUGUAUUUUUUCUUCUAUGAAAGCUUGAAAAGAUUUGCUCAGCGCGGUGAUAAAACCAAAUCUCUCACUACCAAUCAAUAUCUCACAUUUGCUGCUUUGUCAGGUGUGAUUACACUUUCAAUUGUAAAUCCAAUUUGGGUGAUUAAAACUAGAUUAUGUUUACAAUAUGAAAAGGUAACGAAAUCUUUUCCGAAAUCUCAAAUUACAAAUCCAUCAUUAGUAAUACAUUCUCAAUCUACAUGGCAUGCUUUGCAUAAUCUAUGGAUUCAUGAAGGUUUUGCUGGGUUGUAUCGUGGUUAUGUACCCGGUUUAUUCGGCGUUAGUCAUGGUGCUAUCCAGUUUAUGUUUUAUGAACAUUUUAAAAAUUCUUAUAAUACACGUUAUCGAGGAAGGUCAGUUAGUGAGAAACUGUCCGCUGUCGAGUACCUGACAUUUUCAUCUGCUUCUAAACUGAUCGCAGCUGUAAUAACUUAUCCGUAUCAAGUUAUUCGUUCAAGAAUGCAAGACCAGCAUAGGAAAUACGAUGGCGUUACUGAUGUUAUUCGACAAUUGUGGAGAGGUGAAGGUGUUCAUGGAUUUUAUAAAGGACUUCUUCCAUAUGUACUCCGAUGUACUCCUGCUUGUGGAAUUACAUUUCUUGUAUAUGAAUAUAGUUUAAUCAUAUUUGAUUGGAUCAAAUGACAAUAGUUAGCUUUCAAUUAUAUAUAGUUAAUUAUGCUUAAUUUGUUUUACACGUAGAUGUCUUUGACUUACAUUUUGUAGAAUUUGUAUGUAUAUACCAGUGAUCAUAAUUUUUCUGAUUUGUAGAUUGUUGUCAAUUUAAUUCUACCCCAUUUCUACAUUCUCUGUAUUCUUAUAAUGAAUUGCUUAUUAGAGUUGAUUUACAUUUUUCUAAGGAGUUUGGGACUGGGAAAAACCAACUAUUUUAUCUCUAGUCAAUCAUUCUUGUCACAUCACAAAUCAGCACAGGAAGGUGAAAUGCUAAAGCAUUCAACGUUAUAGAGUGGAAAGUGUGCAAGAAAAAGUGAACAGUGAAUGUCUUUACAUACAGCGUAGUUGAUAUGAAGCCAGACUUAGGACCAAUAGUAGCCCAAGAGGGGCUCCAGGCGAAGUUGCCAUUCGAUUUACUGUGACUUUUUAUAGCUUAUUUAGGGUUAAUUGUUAAUGUAAAAUCAUUCUCAAAAUGUCAGUCAGACAAGAACAACAUAAACUUUGAUUUAUUGUCAUCGGUUCAAGUUUCCGCAUGGGCAUCAACAUAAUGAGAUGAAAUUAUUAAAAUUGUAACCACCACAACUACACUUAUUAGCAUGAAUUUUUUUCCAGAUGAUGAUUGACAAGAUCAUAAUAAGGGAUUAUAUAUUCAAAAUAUUCGUUCACAAAAUAAAUUACCAUUUUGUUAGCGGGAAAGCUAAUCUAAAAUGCUAUUUUAUGCGUAUGCCCAUGCAUGACAAAUCCCACGAUUCUGUUUCAUUCAUUAAAUCUCACUACACAACGUUUACACUGAUAUUAUUCACUAAUAAAGUACACAGCUGAUGCCGAGUCACUUUUCACAAUCGAGGGCUAGUGAUAAGAAGUGAAAGCUAUAACUUUACAGAAAUAAAGAUUACUAGUUGAAAGUUAAGCAAUCUAUACACUAUUUUAUUAACAGUGCAAUAGUUAAUUUAAAAACUCAUUGACUGAUUAUGACUGUUAACCAACAUUCUUCACUUAUAUUGUUUGUAGUCUGUUGAGUAUAUUUUAUAUUCCCCAAAAAAAUUCAAAUUUUUUUGGCCAUCGGGGAUUAGGCUCAAGACGUUUUGAUAGUUGACGACUCUCCUAAGUAUGAAGGUCCUGGGUUCGGUCGCUAGUAGGUUCGUGGGUGUGCACUACGAAUGAGUCCUGUACUAAGACAAAAAAGCUAUUUCACACUUUCUAGUUUUUAGCGAUUGUCUCACUUAAGUUAGUUCGUUUCCACCGAUCCCUAUAUUACAAUUGUUAAGUAACAAAAAAAAGUUUACAUUUGGGGACCCAAUAUUUGCAUUAGUUAUUUCGAUUAGUAGAAUCAGUUAUACCAAUCCUAUUAAAUUUAAUAACUUUGAAUUGAGCUCUGUACUGAACUGUCGUAGCCAAGAGGUUGAUACAAAUCUCAAAAUUGUAAAUCUAGUUAGCAAAGAAAUACUAAUGUAUGUUGGAAUUUGUUGAAAGUUGUCACCCAAGCAAAGCAUUCUUCACAUUAAUUUCUGUUGUCCUAACAAAUUUAUAUACUGAUAUCUUCGAAGAUUGUCGGCUAAUGAUGAAUGCUAAUUGUAAAGGUUACUCGACAUGUUGAUUUAUUUCAACUACUGAUUGUAUGAAUGAUCCCUUGUUGAUUCUCCUGGAUUUCCGGGGUACAUUCGAUGUAUUUCCCAAUAGAAAUCUGUGCAUUGGAAAGUUUAUUGUAUCAGUUAUACAGCACCCAGUCUUUGUAUUCAUAUUUGACACCUCAUAUAUACUCUGAGAUCAAUUAAUUCGUGGUAGGCAAAAAGUCGUACAUUCCUCGAGUUCGUUUGUUUUGAAUAUAUUUUGAGAACAUUUGUCUAAUUUCUUCAUCAUCUUCAUAGAACUACUUAUUAAAUUGGAAAUAUGUUGUUAGACACAAGUCGAUACGACCCAUCAAGUCUUGACUUUGAAGUUUGAUGUGUUCUGAAAAG